CCCCUUCCCAGCCCAAAUUCCCUUUCCCCCUCUCCCCUCCUCCCUUGGCUUACUUCUCCUCUUCCCAAUUCUUGCCUCCUUCCCUCUGGAACUGUUCAGGUUCCGCUACUCUGCUCCUCCCCUGUUUUCCUCUGCCUCUCGCAGCCUUAUUUCCUCCAAGAAUUUUUCUUGGGUUCUUCGAGCUACUGGGUCUGGAUUCCGUCCGUUUUGCGGAAAGACACCUCCGGAACUCUGUAUUUAUUGGGGGGAAACUCUGCCCAAAUCUUCCGGAAAAACUCGCCUCUUUCGAGGCCGAAUACCGAGAAAAAAAAACCAUCAUCGACAUCUGGUUGGUGUCGGGAAUUUCUUCCCUUUGGUUGUUUUGUCUCUUCCUGUUUCACAUGCAGCAUCUCUUCCCGCUGAUGUUUCUGAUUGAUGCCGCAUAUCCCAACUGAAAUCCUCCUCUCCGAGUUUAUGGUAAAUUCUAGAUUCAGACGCCCGACCCAUCUCGUUCAAUCUUUCUCCGUUGUCUUCCUCUACUGCGGGACUUCUUCUGGAUCAUCGGCUCUGGUUCCGGGGUCCACGGCGGCGGCGAUCGACGAGAAGAAGCAGAAGCGGAUGCUGUCGAACCGGGAGUCAGCGCGGCGGUCUCGAAUGCGGAAGAAGCAGCUCCUGGACGAUCUGAGGACCCAGGUGAGCGAGCUGAGGCAGCAGAAAGGCCGCAUCCUCGCAGCUCUAAACCUCACCACCAAGCACUACCAGGACGUUGAGACUGCGAACUCCGUGCUCAGGACUCAGAUGGCGGAGCUCAGUUCCAGACUGCACUCCCUCGAUGAGAUCCUCCGCUUCUUGAAUGGAAACUUCGGCAGCAGCCAUGGGAAUCUUCUGGCCUGCGAGGGGCCUCAGAACGCUGAUGGAUUCACCAAUCCUUGGAACUCCGUGUACACGAACCAGCCCAUCGUGGCCUCGGCGGACAUGUUCCAAUACUACUAGAUACACAUGAGAUUCUGGUUUUUUUGACGUUGGUUGCUUGGUGCUGGUGUCUGCUGUAAAAUACGCAAGUUUGCUUACCGUAGUUUGUUUGAUUGGUGUGGGAGAAGGACAAGAUGUUUUUGGCUUUGAGAGCAUUUUUAUGGGCCCAGGGCGCUAUAAAGGUGUGACACCACCAAGUUUGCGGUAAAUGGAAGUGCUUGUAGGCAAAAAGUUUGGUUUGGUUACCGGGUGGUGGUGUGCGUAUGAAUUAUUACGAUACAAUUCGCACUAUUUUAGUAUAAAUAUAUUUAAAAAUGUCAGAAAACAACAAAUUUCCAAAGA